AUGGAAAGGACCAAUGUGAGAAAAUUGAAGAAUUUGGUAAUGGGAAGGAUCAAAGCUUCUCGAAUAACACAGUUGAAAUGGUGGGCAAUUGGAGCCACCAUGUCCUUCAUGAUGUUGCUUCUGUGUGCGUUUAGGCUACAACUCAUCUCUACCACUGCAACCGCCAUUUCAAUGGGGGCCGCCCCGGUUCUCACGUUUCAAUCUUAUGCCUCUAAACAAGUUAAUAAUCAACUUGAAAGAUUCUAUGACAGCAAUGGUUAUCUGAUUGUUUCCUCUAAUGGAGGAUUAAAUCAAAUGCGAGCUGGUAUAUGUGACAUGGUGGCGAUUGCAAGUUAUUUGAAUCUCACUCUUGUAGUUCCUGAAUUGGAUAAUACCUCCUUUUGGCAUGAUAACAGUAAGUUUGAAGAUAUAUUUGAUGUGGAUUACUUUAUCUCAUCUUUGAGAGACCAAGUCCGCAUAGUGAAGGAACUUCCUCCCAAGCAAAAGAGAAGAAUGGAGAAAAUAAGACAGAUUGUUUCUUUUCCACCUGUUAAAUGGUCUAACACUUCAUUCUAUUACAACGAGAUACUUCCUCGGAUAAAUAGGUAUGGUCUCCUUCAUUUCACUAAAACUAAUACGAGGCUCGCUAAUAAUGGUCUUCCUGUAGAGCUUCAACAGCUUCGUUGCAGAGUAAACUACAAAGCUCUAAGAUUCACUACCCGGAUUGAGGAAAUGGGAAAGAAGAUUGUUAGGAUUCUGAGAAAAAAUGGUCCGUUCCUAGUUCUUCAUCUCAGAUACGAAAUGGACAUGUUAGCAUUUUGUGGUUGCACCGAAGGUUGCAACAACAGAGAAAUUGAAGAGCUGACAAAUAUGAGACAUGCAUACUCUUGGGGGAAUGAAAAAGAAAUAGAUUCUGAGAAGAGAAGAAAAGAUGGACAGUGUCCUUUAACUCCGGAGGAAACUGCAUUCGCAUUGAGGGCAUUGGGUAUAGAUCCUACUAUACAAAUUUAUCUUGCUGCUGGUGAUAUAUAUGGAGGAGAAAAGAGAAUGGCAUCUUUAAAAUUGGCUUUUCCUAAUUUGGUCAAAAAGGAGACACUGCUAAAACCCUCAGACCUUAGACCCUUCAACAAUCAUUUAAACCAGAUGGCUGCAUUAGAUUAUAUAGUGGCAUUAGAAAGUGACAUUUUUAUUCCUACUUAUGGAGGAAACAUGGCAAAGGUUGUCGAAGGCCAUCGACGGUAUUUGGGGUUUAAGACCACGAUUCUUCUAGACAGAAAGCUUACUGUCAACUUAAUAGAUCAAUACAAGAAUGGAAAUCUUAGCUGGGUUGAAUUUUCCCAAGCAAUGAAAAGUAGUCAUGCUGAUCGAAUUGGUAAUCCAGCUCAAAGAUUUAAUAUUCCUGGGAAACCUAAAGAAGAAGAAUAUUUUUAUAGUAACCCACAAGAAUGUUUGCCACCGAUCAAUCAAAGACCAAAGGUUUCUACGUAG